GGUCUGCGGCGGGCCCAGGGCGAAGCGUCCAGGGCGAAGCGUCGGAAAGAGCUGUUCCUGUGUCACUCUUUUCUCGGGGCACUUUCCGGCUCUGCGGGGUGAACGUUCUAGGUGCAGGAGAAACUGGAACGAUCUGGUCAUUUACCGAAAUCUGCUGAAGCAAAACCCUGAGCCCUCGCGUCCACCUAUACCAUCCUGGGCGGAAAGGCUGGUCUGAGGGUAUGGGAUGGCAAACAGGUUAGCAGAAAGGCCUCUGAGAGGGAGCUGGGGAUUUGGCUGUUCCGUGCCCCACCUGGCAGCCUAGGACUCUCCUCCUGGGCCCCCUACACCAUGGACCCCCCGGGGUACAACUGCUUUGUGGACAGAGACAAGAUGGACGCUGCCGUGCAGGACCUGGGCCCCAAGGAGCUGAGCUGCACCGAGCUGCAGGAGCUGAAGCAGCUGGCUCGCCAGGGCUACUGGGCCCACAGCUACGCCCUACGGGGCAAGGUGUACCAGCGCCUGAUCCGGGACAUCCCCUGCCGCACCGUCACGCCGGAUGCCAGCGUGUACAGUGACAUUGUGGGCAAGAUCGUGGGCAAGCACAGCACCAGCAGCCUGCCCUUGCCCGAGUUCGUGGACAACACGCAGGUGCCCAGCUACUGCCUGAACCCACGCGGCGAGGGUGCUGUGCGCAAGAUCCUGCUGUGCAUCGCCAACCAGUUCCCGGACGUGUCCUUCUGCCCCGCGCUGCCGGCCGUGGUGGCCCUGCUACUCCACUACAGUGCAGACGAGGCCCAGUGCUUCGAGAGCGCCUGCCGCGUCCUGGCCUGCAACGACCCCAGCAGGAAGCUUGUGGACCAGAGCUUCCUGGCCUUCGAGUCUUCCUGCAUGACCUUCGGGGACCUGGUGAACAAGUACUGCCAGGCGGCCCACAAGCUGAUGGUGGCCGUGUCCGAGGACGUCCUGCAGGUCUACGCGGACUGGCAGCGCUGGCUGUUCGGGGAGCUGCCCCUCAGCUACUUCGCCCGCGUCUUCGACGUCUUCCUGGUGGAGGGGUACAAGGUGUUGUACCGCGUGGCGCUGGCCAUCCUCAAGUUCUUCCACAAGGUAAGAGCCGGGCAGCCGCUGGAGUCAGACAGCGUGAAGCAGGACAUCCGCGCCUUCGUCAGGGACAUCGCCAAGACCGUGUCUCCAGAGAAGCUGCUGGAGAAGGCGUUCGCCAUCCGCCUCUUCUCCCGGAAGGAGAUCCAGCUCCUGCAGAUGGCCAACGAGAAAGCUCUGAAGCAGAAGGGCAUCACCGUCAAGCAGAAGAGUGUUUCACUCUCUAAAAGGCAGUUUGUGCACUUGGCCGUGCACGCAGAGAACUUCCACUCAGAGAUUGUCAGCGUGAAGGAGAUGAGAGACAUCUGGUCUUGGGUCCCCGAGCGCUUCGCCCUCUGCCAGCCCCUUCUGCUCUUCUCGUCCCUGCAGCACGGGUACAGCCUGACCAGGUUCUAUUUCCAGUGUGAAGGACAUGAGCCCACCCUCCUGCUCAUCAAGACCACGCAAAAGGAGGUGUGUGGGGCUUACCUGUCAACAGACUGGAGUGAGAGAAACAAGUUUGGAGGCAAAGUGGGCUUCUUUGGGACUGGAGAGUGCUUCGUGUUUCGGCUCCAGCCUGAGGUCCAGCGCUACGAGUGGGUGGUCAUCAAACACCCAGAGCUGACCAAGCCCAUGUCCUUGGAGGUCCCUGCUGCCCUGUCCCCACCCUGCCGCCCUGUGUCCUCCGACCCUGCUGACCGCCUCUCACCCUUCUUGGCUGCACGUCACUUCAACCUGCCCUCCAAGACGGAGUCCAUGUUCAUGGCUGGGGGCAACGACUGUCUCAUCAUAGGUGGAGGGGGCGGCCAGGCGCUCUACAUCGAUGGGGACCUGAAUCGGGGCCGCACUGGCCACUGCGACACUUUCAACAACCAGCCCCUCUGCUCUGAGAACUUCCUCAUCGCGGCUGUGGAGGCCUGGGGCUUCCAAGACCCUGACACUCAGUGACAGGCCUGCACAGACGGUGACUGAGCCGUCACCGUGGGGUGGGGGUGGGGCAGGGGCCAGGCCCCCCUUCAGGGGGAGGCAGUAAGUGAGGACCCCCCGUGCUGUGGGCAGCGUCGAGGUGCAGCAGGGGCUCUGGAUCUGGGCGGGCCAGGGGAUGCCGGGACCUCAGUUGGCUGGGCCUGUCCCUGCUCACACCUGCUCACACCUGCUGCUGCCUCGAGCUUGGGCUCAGGCCCCAGUUGUCCUCUGUGGAGGCAUCUGGUGCCAGGGCCUAGAGGGGCCACGUCUUGCAGGCCUGAGUCUCAGUCCCUUGGUGCAGGGGUGGGGACAGGAAAGGCAGAAGGAACCUUCCACCAAAUGUGGGGCCAUGGCGCCCCCUGCUGGUGCCUCAACGCUGCUCCCGAGCAGAGUCCCGCGGCCACCAUGGGUCCUGCGGGUAGGCGGCCACCUGGCCAGUGGCUGGCGCUGGCAGCUCCCCAGAAGAGACAGGCAUCCUGGGGACUGCUCCUUGGCCAUGUCCCCCUCCUGCUCCCCCUACCACAGCAGGAGCACCUGCCGGGGGCUUCUAACCCCAUGCCCUCCUCCCCGUGCUGGCCUCCUGUGGCUGCCUCUCGGACAGUAACUGCAGGGAGAGAGGGGAGGACGGGAUGUGUGCUGAGCUCUGGGCCCCUCCUGAGAGAGGGCUGAGCACCAGUAUGAUGGAGGGCUGGAGGGGACAUCGUGGCUUCUUGUGUUUCAGAGCCUGAGGCUUCUGCUGGGCCCCACUGUAGGUCCAUGCCCUAAGAGUCCACCAGGUUGGCCCAGGAUGGCCCAGGGAGGGGCCCUCUGCAGCUGACCCCAAACCAGCCAGCUCCAUAUCCAGGAGAAGCCUGGACCCGCAGGAACUUCUUCAGCCCUCCUCCUCUCUGUCCUGGGCCACCUCCGCUCCCCGACAGUCUCUGCAGUGUCCCCAGGCUCCUGUCCAGACUGCUUAGCGUGGCAUGCUCAUCUUCGUCCGUCCCCACGCGCCCCAGGUUGCUAGGUUUGCCUCCCGCCCAGAUCCCUGCCACGCGCUCCUUCACACACCCCUCUGCAUCCCUCACACAGCCCUGUAGUUGGCCACGUAACAUGGUUUUCUUGUGCCACCUCUGCCCCUUUCCCUGCCCGGCCUGGCCCCACACAAGCCCUGCAGACUGUAGGUGCCACGUGAAGACUUAUCGGGGAGUGGCCUCCUACCUCGUGACCUCCCUCAGCUGGUCCUGAGGGCCUGGGCACCCGGGGGAGGAGGGGAAGCCGACAGACACCCAAGCAGCCACGUGGGGCUGUGGCAGCCUGGGCCACAGGUGCCAGGGGUCCUGCCCCCAGCCUGGGCCCCACGUGGCUGCAGCCAGCACCUCAGUGUCCCCGUGUGCCAUGCCUCUGCUGUCUCCAACUCGCUUGUUACUCCUGUGAGGCAUUGGCUGUCCCCUGCCCACCUACUCCAGUCUCUUCUGAGCUGGGCCACCAUGGUGCAGGAGGAAGGACCAGAAGCCCGGUGUGGCAUUGGGCAAGCCACCGAUCUGUUUCUCCAACUGUAAAAUGGGGCCAGUCAUCGUGCUCUGCUGUCCCCGUGGGACUAUUGAGAGGCUCUGAGGGGGACAGUGUGAGUCCCUAGUGAGAGGAGAGGUGCUGGGAGGCAGUGUCACUGCUCACCUCCCCCCCACUGCCACCCUUGCCCCCCCUCCUCUGAGCCCCCACAGCCCUCUGUUGUAGCGCCCACUUUGGUGUUCAUUAAACACAGUCUCGUUACAUGAA